GCCUUUACGGUGUUGGCUCUUUUCAAUGCCAUGCGAUUUGCCCUGGCCUCUCUUCCCUUCUGUGUUAAAGCACUAGCUGAGAGCAGAAUAGCACUGCAGCGUGUAAAGGCAUUUUCCUUGCUACCAGCCUUUAACUGCAUGAACUUUUGUAUACGGCCAUUACCACACUCUGUAAAAGCUUUUUCUGAGAGUUCGGUGGCGCUGGAAAGGCUCAAGAGUUUGCUUGAAAUGGAGGAAAUGAAGCCCUUCACCACCCGACCUUCAGACACCAGAAACAGCAUCGAGAUCUCGAAAGCGACCUUUGCUUGGGACACCAUCAGGAAUGAGGACGAAGAGGAACCAGGGAAUUCUGGGACUGCACCAGUGACCAAUGGGAAGACAGAGAAAGUUCCUCUGACAAAAGAUGUUGCAGAAUCAGAAGAGGACCUGAUGAAAACACUCGUCAACAUUGAGCUGGAGCUGCCAAAGGGUACAUUGUCAGGUGUGUGUGGGAGUGUUGGCAGUGGGAAGAGUUCUCUCAUCUCAGGCAUCCUGGGGCAGAUGCGUGUACUGGAGGGAACAGUCGGACUGACAGGCAGCAUCGCAUACGUGGCCCAGCAGGCCUGGAUCAUGAACGCUUCUGUCAGGGACAACAUCCUGUUUGGAGAGGACUAUGAGCAACAGAGAUAUGAGGAGACUGUGAGAACCUGCAGCCUGACUCAUGACUUCAACGUGCUGCCAGCAGGGGACUUGACAGAGAUUGGUGAGAGAGGCAUAAACCUGAGUGGAGGACAGAAACAGCGCAUCAGUCUGGCCCGGGCUGUCUACAGUAACAGGGACAUCUACCUGCUGGACGACCCUCUCAGUGCUGUGGACGCUCACGUGGGACAACACAUCUUCCACCACUGCAUCAUGGGAGCACUGAAGGACAAAACUGUCGUCUUUGUCACUCAUCAACUUCAGUACCUGCACCUGUGUGACCAGGUUCUACUGAUGAAGGAUGGUGGGAUAGCAGAGAAGGGUGAACACAGUCAGCUGAUGACAGCUGGGGAAGACUACGCCCGGAUGAUACAGGGCUACAUGACCUCACACUGUGAUGAGGAGACAGGGGAGGAGUCUGAUGGAGAGGAAGAGAUAGAGCAGCUCAACAACAUCAAGGGAGGCAAACUCAUAAGACAAUCAUCAAAGGAUGCGCAGCGUAAGAAACGCCUGUCUGCUGUAGUUUCUACCACCAGCAUCGGUGACAAUGGGGAGGUGCUAGUAGUAGAAGAAGAGGAGGAAGAAGAAGAUUUAUCAGGAGACAGCUCUACUGAAAGUAUCAACGAACAAUAUGGAAGUCUAGUAACAGAGGAGGAGAUUGAGAGUGGCAGUAUAGGAUGGGAAACCUUUAGUGAUUACUUCAGGGCAGGAGGAGGAUACCUGCUGACUGGGCUGGUCCUGCUCACCUUUGUUCUGUCCGUUGGGGCAAUGACCUUUGGUAACUUCUGGCUGAGUCUUUGGCUGAGGCAAGGCAGUGGGAACACCACUAUAACGGUUGGUAAUGAGACAGUUAUCAGCACCAGUAUUCGACACAAUCCCGACCUUCACUUCUACAGUCUGGUUUACGGAAUGUCAAUCAUUCUGGUGUUGGUCACGAUCACCAUCAAAGGUCUGUCGUUCAUGAAGUUCACACUCCGAGCCUCCUCCAAUCUUCAUGACAAGGUAUUCAGGUCUGUCUUCCGCAGCCCGAUGUCUUUCUUUGACACAACUCCAACAGGCAGGAUCCUGAAUCGCUUCUCCAAGGACUUGGAUGAAGUGGAUGUGCGGCUCCCAUUCCAAGCCGAAAUGUUUCUCCAGAACUCCUGUCAACUCCUGUUGUCCAUCGCUAUGGUGGCAUACGCGCUUCCGUACUUCCUCAUCGCCAUCGUACCGCUAACUGUGAUCUUCAUGUACAUCAGGAACCUCUCUGGCAGUGCCCUGCGUGAACUGAAGAGGUUGGAGAAUGUGAGCCGGUCUCCCUGGUUCUGCCAUCUGACUGCUACUGUACAAGGUCUGGCCACUAUUCAUGCUUACAACAAGACAGAGGAGACUGUCAAAAGAUUCUUAGCCCUGUUGGAUAAGAACACAAUGAUAUCUUUUGUGUUCUACUGUGCGAUGCGCUGGCUGGCCGUACGACUGGACCUGAUCACCAUCACCAUGUCAACUGUAACAGCUCUACUGGUGGUCGUGACCCAUGGUUCUCUGCCACCUGCUCUGGCUGGAUUGGCUCUGUCCUCGGUUAUACAGAUGACAGGGAUGUUCCAGUUCACAGUUCGACUGAGUUCAGAAACAGAGGCUCGCUUCACGUCAGUCCAGAGAAUUAACAGCUAUAUCAAGGGUCUAAAACCAGAAGCACCACUGACCAUCAAGAAAACUGCCCCAGCGCAGUCCUGGCCAUCCGAGGGUAGUGUUCGGUUCCAGAAGUACAACAUGCGUUACCGGGAGGGUCUGCCCUUGGUACUGAAAGAUGUGAGCUUCUCCACAAAAACUUCCGAAAAAGUCGGCAUUGUGGGAAGAACUGGUUCAGGUAAGUCAUCGCUAGGUGUGGCCCUGUUCCGACUGGUGGAAGCAGCAUCAGGGUCCAUCAGUAUCGAUGAUGUGGACAUUUCUACCAUCGGCCUGGAGGACCUGCGCAGCAAGCUGUCAAUCAUCCCACAGGACCCUGUCUUAUUUGUGGGGACUGUCAGGUAUAAUCUGGAUCCGUUUGAGCAGUACAGCGAUGACCAAAUCUGGAGUGCUCUGGAGAGAACACAUAUGAAACAAGCAAUCUCAGGCCUACAGCAUCAGCUGGAGGCGCCUGUUGUGGAGAACGGAGACAACUUCUCAGUGGGAGAGAGACAGCUGCUGUGUAUGGCCAGGGCACUGCUCAGACACAGCAAGAUUCUGAUGUUGGAUGAAGCCACAGCAGCCAUUGACCCAGAGACGGACAACCUGAUCCAGACAACUAUCCGGGAGGCCUUCAGUGACUGCACCAUGCUAACCAUCGCACACAGACUCAACACCGUACUGACCUGUGACAGGAUACUGGUCAUGGAGGAUGGGGAGGUGGUAGAGUUUGAUUCUCCCAACUCGCUGCUUGCAGACGUCAACUCACACUUUCACGCCAUGAUGUCAGCGACGGAACUCAGCAAUCAGCUACUCAAUUAGUCAUAUUGUCGGUGUAUGUCUUCAGAUAUAUGUCAUUCAAAUUUCUAGUGAUGUUACCACACUGCUAUUGUUCUCUCUAACAUAUAACUUUAGUUCACCUUUUUAUCAGUAUAAUCUAUAUCAUAUUCCAUAGAUUUUUAGACAAGGGUAUUUUGGAAUAAUCUAUAUCAUAUUCUGUAGAUUUGAAAAAAAGGAUAUUUUGAGAUGUCAAGUCAAUGGUUUUUAGAUAAGA